CUAAACGCGUCCACAGCAGUGAUAUCAGUGAAUUUCGAUAAAGCUGAGAUUUUCAAGAAUUCGCACCACGAAUUUUCCAACAUUAAAUUUAUUCAAAUUAGUCAAUAAUUUAUUACACUCUUCUUUCUUUGUAAGCAACCAUGGUUAAGGAAACAAAGUUCUACGACGUCUUGGGCGUGUCGCCCCUGGCCUCCGACUCCGAGAUGAAGAAGGCCUACAGAAAGGCUGCUCUUAAAUACCAUCCUGAUAAGAACCCUUCGCCUGAAGCAGCUGAAAAAUUCAAGGAAAUUUCGCACGCUUACGAGAUUCUCUCUGACGACCAGAAAAGAGAGAUCUACGAUUCGUAUGGUGAAGAAGGAUUGCUGGGACAAGGUGGUCCUGGUGGAAUGGGAGCUGAAGACAUCUUUUCUCAGUUCUUUGGUGGUGGAUUCGGUGGAAUGGGAGGUGGUCCUCAACGUCCUUCCAGAGGUAAGGAUAUCAAGCACCUGAUCUCGUGCACAUUGGAAGAGCUCUACAAGGGAAGAACCGCCAAGUUGGCAUUGAACAAGACCAUUUUGUGUAAGACCUGUAACGGUCUCGGUGGUAAAGAGGGUAAGAUCAAGAAAUGUAGUGGCUGUAACGGAUCUGGUAUGAAGUUUGUCACCAGACAGAUGGGUCCAAUGAUUCAGAGAUUCCAGACUGUCUGUGACCAGUGUCAAGGUACUGGUGAUAUUUGCGAUCCUAAGGACCGUUGUACCGCUUGUAAGGGUAAGAAGACUCAAGCCGAACGUAAGAUCUUGCAAGUCCACAUUGAUCCAGGUAUGAAGGAUGGCCAAAGAGUCGUCUUCUCUGGAGAAGGUGACCAAGAACCAGGUAUUACACCUGGUGAUGUUGUUUUUGUUGUAGACGAAAAGCAGCACGACAAGUACACCAGAAAGGGUAAUGACUUAUACUACGAAGCCGAGGUCGACUUGUUGACUGCUCUUGCUGGUGGUGAAAUCGCCUUCAAGCACGUCUCGGGCGAUUACAUCAAAAUCGAUAUCAUCCCAGGUGAUGUUAUUUCUCCAGGCUUAGUCAAGGUUGUCGAAAACCAAGGUAUGCCAGUGUAUAGACAAGGAGGCAGAGGCAACUUGUUCAUCAAGUUCAACAUCAAGUUCCCAGCCAAGAACUUCACAUCCGAGGAAAACUUGAAGACCUUGGAAUCCGUAUUGCCAGCCAGAACCAAGGUAUCUAUUCCAAAGGGAGCCGAAGUAGACGAUGUGGAAAUCGUCGAUGUCGAUCCUUACAAGCACAGCAACAACAGACGUGAUACCUACGACUCGGACGAAGAAGAAGGAGGCCAGGGCGGUGCCGGUGUGCAAUGUGCUUCUCAAUAAGCGUAGCGUAGUGGUUAAUCGAAAGAUGGAGUGUGUCUACACGAACUCGGGUAUUUAUACAUAUAUCUAUAUAUCAAUUCUUUGCUAAAUUUCUUAUCGCAUGUACAAGGUUCUUCUUAG